UAAAAUCUAGUUUCAGUAUUGUAUGUACCUUUAUUUUUUAGUAUCUGGCAGUGAUGUAUUAAAUAAACAUUUGGUGAGAUCAGGGUGAAUGUAUGUAGAUUGACGUGUACUUUAUUUUGAUGGAAUGAGUUAAUUUGUUAUGGUCAUUCAAUUUGGUCCUUGUUGCCAUGGAAAUAAAGACGAACGUGGUGUGAAAUGUGAACCAACGUUUCUGGAAAGACCAAGAACCAUUCCACAAAUCUAGGAAGGAGUCUACGGACGACACAUUAAUAUCGAUGGAAGAUAACAGAAUAGGGGAGAAUAUUACGAUAAAAACAGCGUGCGAUGAGCAUGGAAGUGACCUUGAAAGUUUCUGUAGGACGCACGAUGUGGCAAUUUGUAAGACCUGCUUAACAUCAUACCAUGAGAACUGUUCUGACUUUAUUAUCCCUCUAGAAGAGGCAGCAACAAACGCUAAGACAUCAACAGCUCUUGAUGGUGUAUCAGCUUCAAUUGACGGAGCUUUAGAAAAGCUACAACGUGUUAUCGAAGAUUGUGGAAUGGUCUCCACGAAUAUCGAGGAACAAGAAAAGAGCGUUAAGAAAUCGGUGCAAAAUAUACGAUUUACAGUAAACAAACGUAUGGACGAACUUGAAGAAAAACUGCUUACCAAGUUGUCAGAAACAUGUAAAAACUAUAAGACGAAAAACGUAGAGUUUAUUACAAAAUUAAGCAGAACGAAUGAUGAAAUUAAACGACUUAAAAAACAAACAGUCCAACUGAAACGUUUCGACUCCGACAGCCAAGUAUUUCUUGGUACGCGUCAGAUUGAUAAAAAAGUCCACGAAGAAAUAGAAUCUGUCAAGAUGUCGUUGAGUUCUGUACGUAAAUACAAAGUAGAAAUAGAGGUAAACCAAGAACUAACCUCAUUGUUAGAGAACAUCAACUCCUUUGGACAAAUAAAAGUUCAAGAAAACGCUGUCAGUACACCGUUUGUGUUUAAAAACAUUGAUCAAGCGCAGACACAACUAUAUAAACCCGUACGGUCAGUUCACAAUACCACAUUUAAUUUUCGAAGUAAGUUUUCACUUAAAGAACAAAUCAAGAACUUGGAAAUCACAGGAGCAACGACUUUACCAAACGGUCAUGUAUUGAUAGCAAAUUACACGAGUGACAAAGUACUUAUAGAAUGUAAUGAUAUAGGACAACACAUCCGGAACAUACCCGUCUCUGGUAUGGCGUAUGAUGUGACUGUAAUAGAUGGUGAAAGUAUUGCUGUUUCUCAUGGUGAAUCCAAACGCAUGGAUAUUUUAAACAUCGAAAAUGGUACAGUCAUUAAAACAACAGAUAUCAAAGGGUCAUGUUGGGGCCUUUCAUGUCAUGAUAAUAGAAUCUACGUACUAGUAGAAAGUGAAGGAAUAGUAGUGAUGGAUACAUCGGGAAAGAUGUUGAAUACAAUAAAGUGUAACGUUUCCUGUUUCGAUAUUGCUGCAGUCAAGGACAGGAUCUACUACACAGACUAUGUAGAAAAUACAGUCCACUGCUGUAGUAUGACAGGGGAUGAGAUCUGGGUAUUCAGUGACAAAUACCUGGUUUGUCCGAGAGGAAUAUCAGUCGACAAUAUCCAUAAUGUGUUUGUCGCAGGACUGGUGUCUAACAAUUUAUUUAUUAUACAGAAUGAUGGAAAGGUUAGUAAGAUGUUACUUACUGAAUCUGACGGUCUGAAUCAUCCGAUCCCUGUAUGUUACAAUAAAAACAAAUAAGUAUUAUCUGUAUGCAAUGACAGUGGGGAUGCCAUGUUUUACAACAUUAUGUAGAAUCAUUCAUGGAACCACCAGAAGUUUUUUUUUCUAUUCACCUGAAAUUUUUCCGGCAAGAGAAACGAAAGCACCACAUGAGUAGACUAAAUAACAUUUACAAACUAAGGAAUGCUUCUUAAAAUGUGCACAAUGUCCCAAAGGGAGGAAACAAAACACAAGGUCAGGACAUUUUGUGAAAUACACAAUCGUUUAUUGUUUGAAAUUAUUUUAUUUCUACAUUCUCUCUUUACUUUCUUUUACACUAAGGACAUUGACCGAAGCCGUUUAAAGAGAUAACAAAAGAGGGACAGAUGCCAAUAGACAAUACGUAGAGGCAGAAGGCAGCUAGGUCAUAUGCUUGCUCCAAGAUCUGGCUAAUCCAUUGCCUUUUAGCAAUGCAAAUCAUCUAGUAGUUUAUGAUAUGAAAAUAAGGAGAUGUGCUUCGAGUUCUUUGUUAUCGUAAUGGUUUUUGAUGUUGUUGAUGAUGUUAUGACACUCUGGGACCAAAACCAAUUAAAGCAGAGGGGAGCUGUCUAUAUAUUUGAAAUUGUCAAUUUAUUAAAUAGUAUACCGUAUAUAAAGCUUUGUAAUUUUUA